UCCACCACCUCAACUCUCUCCCUUUCUCCUCAGACAGUCUCCUCUCCUCUCCUCUAGACUCGUAAACUGACCGGAAGACGGGGAGAACCGCCUCUCACACACUGAUUAGCUGAGGACAAGGGGAGAAUCGUCCAUCACACAUUGAUUCGUUGAGAGGACAGAGGAGGAAUAGUUUCUGAGAGGACAGGAGAAUAAUAUUUUCUGAAAGAACAAGGGAGGAAUAGUUUCUGAGAGGACAGGAGAAGAAUAGUUUCUGAAAGAACAAGGGAGGAAUAGUUUCUGAGAGGACAGGGGAAGAACCGUUUCCUGGCAGCUAGGAAGAUGAGGAGGUUGCAGUCCAUGAGAUGGUUUAGUUUUCCCUGGUUGAGGAGAGAGACCUCACAGACUGAGACCAGCCCACUCAUACCAAAGACAGACACAGAUAGAGAGUUGUCAGGAGUCCUCCAGGGGACUGACGAGAGCAGCACAGAAGAACAGGCACCAGAACCAGGACCGAAUGAUGGACCUGGGAACCAGGGUAGAACCAGGGAGGUAAAACCCAGAGCCCGUAGCAGGCCCUUCUCCCUGAGAGACUGCCUUCUCAAGUACCUCCUGUUCUUCAGCAACCUCCUCUUCACGGUGCUAGGCCUGGUGGUCCUGGCACUGGGACUGGGGGGCCUCAUCAACAAGGAAUCCUUCGCUCAGGAGAAAAUAGGACAGAUCAGCACCGACCCCAUGCUGGUGUUUGUGGUGCUGGGCUUGGUGCUGUCUACCCUCUGCCUGUCAGGCUGUGUGGGGGCUCUGAGAGAGAACUGCUGCCUGCUCCAGGUCUUCUCAGCCACCGUGCUGGUCCUGGUAGCAGCCCAGGUCUUAGCGGCCAUUGUGGCCUACAGCCUGCAGGGACAGAUAGAGGGAUACCUGAGGUCAGGUAUGCUGGCUGCCAUGGUACGUUACCAGGAUGACCUGGACCUGAGAUUCAUCACAGAUGAGAUCCAGAUAGGACUGCAGUGCUGCGGGGCCGACACCUACAGAGACUGGGAGGUCAACAUGUACUAUAACUGCUCUGCCCCGGGGGUGCUGUCCUGUGGGGUCCCUGCUACCUGCUGUGUGGACCCCCUGGAGAACGGCACGGUGUGGAACUCCCAGUGUGGAGUAGGAUCCCAGCAGCUGGAUGAGUUCUCUGCUCAGAGCGUCAUCUUCCUGGGGGGCUGUCUGGGGGGCAUGUCCCGCUGGAUAGAGCAGCACACAGGCCUGAUAGGAUCCGUGGGUAUCGUCCUACUGGUGGUUCAGAUCAUCACUCUGUUCAUCACCACACGACUGAUGGAUAACAUCCAGUGCAGUAAAGCUACAACAUAAUAACAUCUAGUGGAGUAAAGCUACAAGAUAACAUCAUCUAGUGGAGUAAAGCUACAAGUUAAUAAGACCCAGUGGAGUAAAGCUACAACAUAAUAACAUCUAGUGGAGUAAAGCUACAAGUUAAUAAGACCCAGUGGAGUAAAGCUACAAGAUAAUAACAUCUAGUGGAGUAAAGCUACAAGUUAAUAAGACCCAGUGGAGUAAAGCUACAUGAUAACAUCUAGUGGAGUAAAGCUACAACAUAAUAACAUCUAGUGGAGUAAAGCUACAAGAUAAUCACAUAUAGUGGAGUAAAGCUACAUGAUAACAUCCAUGAUGCUAGCUGGACUCGUAUUAUCACUAUGGACAAAAACUGUAACCAUGGAAAUGUAUUAUGAUUAUUACACAGUAAAUGUCCUGGCUAUCGUGUUAGUGGAACACUACAAUGUAUUGGCUAUCGUGUUAGUGGAACACUACAAUGUAUUGGCUAUCGUGUAUGUAUUGGCUAUCGUGUUAGUGGAACACUACAAUGUAAUGGCUAUCGUGUUAC